AUGGCCAAGAGUUUUACACCCAUACACACAAUUAAUCCUUCUAUAGAGAACAUAACGGUUCAAGCAAGGGUUAUCCGACUAUGGACCGUUCCUGCCUUCAAUAAUCCAAGUGAAACAAAUGCUAUUGAAAUGGUUUUACUAGAUGCAGAGGGAGGCAAGAUUCAAGCUUCUAUUAAAAAGUCUUUUAUCUCAAAAUGGCGGAAUGUUUUCCUCGAAGGACAAGCGUACAAUAUUUCGUAUUUUGGUGUUGGAAAGAAUGCUGGAGACUAUAAACCCACGAUGCAUCCAUACAAAAUUAACUUUAGAAUGUUUACUCAAGCUCAAGCCGUAGAAGUGGUUGCAUCGACCAUUCCUAUGGAUGGUUUUGAUUUUAAGUCUUAUGAAGCACUAAAGGAUCUAGACAACACUGUGUUAAUCGAUUGUAUCGGAUAUCUUUCUGAAAUAUUAUCAACUGAUCAAUUUAUUAGAGAUGGUAACCCCCAAAAAAUGCUCAAUAUUCAACUAGAGGAUUUGCAGAAAAAUUUCUUGAGUUGCACUUUGUGGAAUCAAUAUGCUGAUCAAUUGACAGAAUAUUUAUCUAAUCAUCCAAAUUGUCAAGUUUUUAUUGCCAUCCAGUAUGCAAAAAUCAAGACUUUUCAUGGUGUUGUUGGAAUAUCGAGUUCCCUAUUUGUGACUGGACUCCAUAUAAAUUCUGAAAUUGCAGAGAUAAAUGAUUUUAAAAAGAGAUUUGGGGGUGAAGGAAAGACUUCUUCAGAAAUGGUGGAACAAAUAAGUAGUCACAUCUCUCAGAAAAAUGAAAACGAGUUCCUGAAAAAAUCGGAGAGGAAACAUGUUGAUGAGAUUCUUGAAAUGCAGGAGGUUUGCAACUGUGUGACAUUAGCCACAAUCGACUCUAUUGAGCUUGAGAAUGGUUGGUUCUACCUUGCAUGUAAGAAAGACUACAAGAAAGUUCAAGAUCAAAAAAUUGAUGAGCUAACUAAGUUUUGGUGCGAAAAGUGCAAUAAUUAUGUAGAGCCUGUUCCAAGGUUCAAACUUCAAGUAAGGGUGAUGGAUGAAUCAGGAAGUGCUUCAUUUGUUAUUUUUGAUCGCGAGGUGGUACAAAUCUUAGGAAAGUCUGCAUUACAUAUAAGAGAAUGCCAAAUUAAGGAUGGCAAUAAGGAUGACAAUGACGAUUCAGUGCCUAAAGAUUUAAAAGAACUACUGGACCAGAAGUUUUUAUUUAAAGUUAAAGUUACAGAUUAUAACCUUAAGCAAAGCUGCCCAUUAUUCACAGUAACAAAGAUGUCUGAUGAUGUAGACCUUAUAAAGACAUUCCAAGAUGUAGAGGGUCCUAAUGAGGUUAUAGAGCAUGAAGAACAACUAGAUGUGACUUCAAAAUCUGUCAACCAUUGCAAGAAUACUAACACAAAGAAGAAUGUACUCAACAAUGACAAUGAGAAUAUGGAUGACAAUUGUGAGGAACUUUGUAUCACUCCAAACCAUAAAAGAAGCUUUGAAGAGUUGGGGUGGACAAGCUCGGAAGGGCAUAUUACAUCAUCUGAGUUUUCUACUAAUAAAACUCAGCGAAAGAUUGUCGUCAAAAAAGAAAAGGACUAA